CCUCUCUCCAGCUUCACUUCUGAAGUCAUUCCCAGCUCCCCCUCAGUCCUCUGUGCGCCGUCUUGCGCGUCUCCCCCUUUCAUCCCCCGGCCCUCUCCACAACGGUGGAUUCAUGCUCAGCUCUCGCCCUCCUCGGUCGCCAUGCAGAACAACCACAACAAGGAGCAUCUCUAUAAGAUUCUUGUCAUAGGGGACCUCGGUGUGGGCAAGACCAGCAUCAUCAAGCGGUAUGUGCAUCACAACUUCAGCCCCAAUUACCGAGCCACCAUCGGGGUGGACUUCGCACUCAAAGUCCUCAACUGGGAUCAGGAGACGGUGCGUCUGCAGCUGUGGGACAUUGCAGGUCAGGAGAGGUUUGGCAACAUGACCCGCGUGUACUACCGUGAGGCCAUGGGCGCCUUCAUCGUGUUUGAUGUCACAAGGCCCGCCUCCUUUGAGGCUGUCACCAAAUGGAAGGAGGACUUGGAUUCCAAACUGACACUUGCCAAUGGGAAACAUGUAGCCACUGUGCUUUUGGCCAAUAAAUGUGACCAGGGCCGGGACGUUCUGACCAAUAAUGGAAUAAAGAUGGAGCAGUUCUGCCAGGAGAACGGCUUUGUGGGAUGGUACGAGACGUCUGCCAAGGAAAACAUCAACAUCGAUGAAGCGGCGAACUGCUUGGUGAAACACAUCAUUGCCAGUGAGAAUGACAUGCUCCAAUCAGAAGUCCCCGACACCAUCACCCCCCAAUUAGAGAAUGACAAAGGCGGGACAUGCUCCUCCUGCUUCAGAUCCCAGUAACAGCCCCCGACAGUUGGAUGUCCUUUUGUAUCUCGUUACACACAAAGUCGAGUUUGUCUGUGAGCAAGAGACAGAGGGAGAACCACUUUUUAAGGAAGGAAGUAGGGUUGCCAACUGUUUUUCCUGUGUGGUAGCUCGGGUUGGGUGGAGUGGUUGGGUCGGUGGGUGGGGGUGAGCGGAUGACAGACAGGCAGCUGGCUCAAGAAAUGGAGACAGAAAGAGAGAUGGAUGCAGCUGUGUGCGCUUGUCAAAGGCAAGGUCACCCUCUGGGCGACUUCAAGCCUUGACACUGCCACUUGGGUUACCAUGGAGACACAGUUAAUGAACACAGGAACAGAAAGAUCGCAGCAAAUCACAGUAUAUCUGUAGAAAGGUCCGUGGAUGUAAUCUCUAUUUACGAACCACGCUGUCUCUCUUUCUCCCUCCUUCUCUUGCCCACUCUUUAUUUUUCUGUGUCUCUUUCUUGUUGCUUUCUCCUCAUCCCUCACAGACAUCUUUUAGUUUCUCACAUGUCAUUCUGGGCUAAUAAGCAGGCAAAAAGCAAAAUUAUAUACUGUUUUUAUCCACAUAUCCAAAGCAAAUCAAUCUCAGUCCUGAUAACACUACAGCUACAUUAUUAGCAAUGGUUUCUUAAGAUCUGGUUUCAUCUUGUUUUACACGGCCAUUUGUCUUUGUAUGUCUUCCCUCAUGCACAUCUGCCACAGUCUGCAGUAAUGUAUAACAGAUUAUAUUGAUCUAAGUGCCUUUUCUAAUACAAACCAUUUUAUUUAAUGUCUUCAAUAGAUAUAGUCACUACGUAUUUUAUUUAUAAGUGCACUUAAAGGUAUGUACCUUACUUUCCAUCACUGUGAUAGAACUCCACUCAUUUCAAUGUAUUCAAAAUACUAUGACCAACAUUUUGUGUCUUAAAGAAAGAAGUUUCCAUUCUAAUUCAAUGGUUUUAUAUUACAUUUAUAUUCUACUGUUUGAUAUUUGUAAUAUUUGUAAUUAUGGGAUAAAUGCAUAUAUAUAUACAAACAUGUACAUAUUAUAUACAGAAUAAUAAGAAAGAUUAUAGAACCAAAGAUGUAUCCAGUUUUCAACAUGUUCUUAUGAAUA